AUGGCGAGAUAUACCACUGCACAUGAUGUGCGUCAUGCCUGGAUCAUAGAACAAGAGAUUGCCCUUCUGGAUGUCCGUGAAGAAGGCCCAUAUGCUGCGUCACAUCCUCUUUUUGCAGUCAACGUACCAGUAUCGGAGAUCGAGAGCAAGCUGCCUGCACUGGUGCCUCGACUGGCUGCCCCGAUCGUUGUCUAUGACAGUGGCGAGGGUUACGAUGUUCGAGCUGUGUCCCGGAUCUCAGCCAUGGGAUAUGAGAAUGUAUCCAUACUCGAAGGUGGGCUCUCUGCAUAUUCUCUCGUCGGCGAGGUCUAUCGUGAUGUCGGUGUUCCAUCCAAGGCAUUCGGCGAACUUGUCGAAUCCAUCAAUCACACACCAUCCAUUUCAGCGACAGGGCUGAAGGAUGCCUUGGAGAAUAAAGAAGACCUCGUGAUUCUGGAUGCAAGACGAUUCGAAGAAUUCAAUACUAUGAGCAUCCCUGGUGGACGGAGUUGUCCCGGAGGAGAACUGCUCUAUCGCUUCUUCGAGACUGUGCCUUCACCCAAGACCACGGUCGUCGUCAACUGUGCUGGGAGAACACGGAGUAUUAUCGGAGCCCAGUCUUUAGUCAAUGCCAGAGUCCCCAACAAGGUGUUUGCCCUUCGCAAUGGGACAAUUGGGUGGAUGUUGGAAGGUUUCAAGCUGGAAAAUGGUAAAACAGACCGAGCUUCACGUCCUUCAGCCAAAAGAUUAGCCAAGGCAUCACGACACGCAGACUGGUGGACCUCUCAGCUUGACAUUGCUCUUCUCGAACCGUCUAAAAUCAGUGACCUGGCCGUAAAUGGGCAGGAUCGGACUCUGUACCUGCUCGACGUGAGAGACCCAGAGGAGUAUACGCUUGGGCACCCGUUUGGAUUCACCAAUGCCCCAGGUGGUCAACUGGUACAAGCGACCGAAGAAUGGAUUGGUGUUCGAGGCGCUCGCAUUAUCCUCUAUGAUACGGACUUCGUUCGAGGUCGCAUGACAGCCAGUUGGCUCUAUCAGCUCGGAUGGGAGGUUGACGUAAUGUCUUCUGUAUUAUCACCAUAUCCUACUGGGCUUUCAGUACACAGGCCACCCUCAUUGCCUCACUUGAAGGUCCAUGGAAUUUCAGUCAAUGCCCUUCGAGAUCUUAAAGGGGCAACCGUGGUUGAUCUUGCUCGCAGUCCGUCCUAUCGCAGAGGCCAUAUUCCCGGUGCAUGGUUUGCUUCUGGACCCGAGCUUAUUAGAGAUUUGAAGACUAUCAAAGGGAACGAACAUAUCGUGCUGACCUCGCCUGAUGGUAUCGCUGCAGCCAUGAACUGCAAGGAGAUACAAGAACUAUCCGGCGGACGAGACUCGGUCAUAUACUUAGAAGGAGGAACAGAGGCGUGGGUGGCAGCCGGAUAUUCCCUUGAAACCGAGUCCCGAUGGCUUUCUGAGCCGAUAGAUGUCUACAAAAGACCAUAUGAGGGAACAGGGAAUGCGAGGGAAAACAUGCAGGCAUAUCUUGACUGGGAGUACGGCCUUGUCGCUCAACUGGCAAACGAUGGGGUGGCCCGUUUCCGCGUUGUACGAGGCCCGCGCGCAGGUGAUGGAAGUGAGGAUUGUGAUCAGUAA